AUGGUCUCCUCUAGAAGAGUAUCAUCACCAACAUCGUCCCUUUCAAGUUAUGGUGGCUCAUGUAAAUACCAACAAGCCUGCAAGACUACACUGGCAGGUGGUCACAAAGAUUUCGAGCAGCUUUCCGUCGACGAUGAUCGCGAGGUAGCAAGACGAGUUCUCGCAGAUUUAGAGGGACUUUGCUUCGAUGAAGACAGCGAUGAAGAAAGUGGACAUGAAGACGAAUAUGAAUCGAGUUCGGAAUGGGGAUCGGAGACGUCAUCGCGCAGUUCACGUGGUAAGCGGAAUGCAGGAGGAAUGACUCUCGAAGAGCUCACAGUGGCAGUGAAUGCUGCCAUUGAAUACCAUCGUCCGACGAACUCGGCGGUUGUACAACUAGAGACAACGCUGGAGGGCAAGGAAGACGACAACCUAUUCAAGUGCUCCAAAGGCCACCGUUCUCGCUCUCGCCGCCGUCAUCAACGAAAGGAUUUAUCUACAAUGUCGUCUUCAAAACGAGAUUCAGUUUUAGAAAUGUUCCAGGAUAUGUUGGAGAGGAAAGAAAAGCACUUCUACGCGCUUCGAGCCGCGAAUGUGAAUGUUGUAGCUGAGGACAACCAAAGCCAAGGAGCCUUUGCAAGCUCUGUCAAGGUUGACCAGCAGCAACAGACUACGGCAUACGUGAGGGAUCAAUUUACCGAAACCGAGAAGUGCUCGCAUCGUCGAUCUCUCGAAGCAGCGUUCGGCGUUGCUGAAUUCGACAUCCCACCACUAUCACCAUCAUCGAGCGUGGGCUUUGAGUAUGCUGCGACCCCAAGCAAUCUAGUGCGACCAAUUGAAGUUGGCCCAACGCUUGCAGAUCUUACUCGUACCCGUAAGCGGCAAGUUUUGUCUUCUCACCGACAUUCUGCUUCUGAACCUUCAUGGAGCUCAUCUUCUUCGUCAUCGGCGACUGAUACAGGUUACCAAUCAACGUUUGCCAGUGAACACAGCCGUGGCAGUGACAACAGCAGAUCCAGCAGUAAAAGCAGUGUUAGUAGUCGGCAUCGCCACAACAGCACAAAAAGUAGCAGCAAAGCCAGCACAACGCCACCACCAAGCAAAUGUAGUGCAAGCCAACAUCAAAUUCAACAGCAUGCAGAACGAGAGCCACCCACCAAGACUACAGAGCUGAGUGACGGACAAUCUGCGCUAACCCUGAAGGAUCAAUCCGAGGCUGGAGUCUCACAUCUGCCUGCAGACCAGUCACAAGUGCCAAGCAGCCCUGAGCUAGUGGAAUGGGAGCUAGAUCUUUCCAACUUUACUUUUUGA